UUGAUGGUGACGGUCUCUGUGAAGAACUGGAGCUAUAUCUCCGGAGACCGGUUACUGUAUUCGCACACUAGUGUCAUUGGUGGUGUAAAAUAUUUUAAGUGUGACACGGGCAUUAGAAAAUAAUGGGUUGGUUUUGGCAGCCGGUGUGGCGAGCGAUCAGAACUCUGGGAACAAGGGAAGUUCUGUGGAGGGAGUCGAGAGCAGGACUGUGCCUGGCCUCGGGCGACAACAAGACUUCGUUUGGUCUUUUGUUUGACAUUGACGGGGUGCUAGUAAGAGGAAAGACGCCAAUCCCUGCAGCUAAAAAAGCCUUUCAGAAACUUGUUAAUAAGCAGGGACAGUUUGUGGUACCAGUUGUAUUUGUUACAAAUGCUGGGAACUGUCUUCGCCAGACCAAAGCAGAUCAACUAACAGACAUUCUGGGCGUUCCUAUAUCUCAGGACCAGGUUAUGAUGUCCCAUAGUCCUUUGCGAAUUUUUAAACAGUAUCAUGACAAAUGUGUUCUUGUAUCUGGUCAAGGACCUGUUCUGGAAAUUGCAAAAUAUUUAGGAUUUUCGAAUCCUAUAACUGUUGACUCUGUGCGGGAAUCUUAUCCUUUCCUUGAUAUGGUGGACCACAGUAGGAGACCAAAGAUUUUGCCUUCCACUGCAUUGGAUCUUCCCAAAAUUGGUGCUGUGAUUCUCUUUGGUGAACCAAUCCGGUGGGAGACCAAUCUUCAAAUUAUCAUUGAUGUCUUGUUGACUGGAGGGUAUCCAGCAAAUCCAUAUCAACUUGAACAAUACCCCCAUUUACCUCUGCUUGCUUGCAAUAUGGAUCUCUUGUGGAUGACUGAAGCACGGGCACCAAGGUUUGGCCAUGGAAUAUUCAUGGUGUGUCUAGAAAACAUUUAUAAGAAAAUAACAGGCAAGGAUCUUAAAUAUGAGGCUUUAAUGGGUAAGCCUAGCGAGGUCACCUACCACUACGCUGAAUACCUUAUCCGGAUGCAAGCAGCAGAGAUGCAGCCGAAUAAACCUGUCCAAACACUGUAUACUAUUGGGGACAACCUAAUGACUGAUAUCUAUGGUGCUAACCUCUUCAACCGCUACCUUCAAGAGAAAAACUCUAGGAAAGGCUCCAAAGCUCUUGUCCAGGUUUUAUCUGGGACAGGAAUGACCACUGUUUCACAAGAAGAGGAGCCAGUUUUAGAAUCUGAACUAUCACUGCCAACUGCCACCAGCUGUAGGUCUGUUCUUGUUUGCACAGGGAUCUACAACCAUCACACUAAAGUGCCUGCUGAUACCUCUAAAACCAUUAAGGAGACUGUGUUUCAUGGGCACAGGGAUUUCCGGUUUGAUCCUGGCUUGGUUGAACCAGGGCACAUUGUAGAGGAUGUUAAUGCUGCUGUUGACUUGAUCUUCCAAUUAGAAACAUUUAUACCAGAUGGUAGUGACCGGACUGCUUAAUGAUUAUAUAAUUCUAUAUGAUAAAGAUUAUAUAUGACAAACCUUGAUAUAAUAAUAAUAACCCAGUCAACCUCAAACACAUUUAUCAUACUUCUUUUGUUUUGCACUUGUUUUUAAGAUUCUCAUCCAUCAUUGAUAUGUUUUGUUAUUCUUUAUCCAGUUUUUUUUUUUUAUUAAAAUUAUAAAUUUUAAUAUAUUUAUUACAUUCUCAUAGGAAAAAAAUUGUAAAUGAUGAUGCUUAAUUCAGUAUCAGUUUCCGUAAAACAAAAACAAAAUACUGUACUUGUGAAUAGUUGUUUUAUAUAAUGUUUAACAACGAAGUGUAUUCAAUGGAUAGAUUUUUAAUCUGGUAGUUAGAACAUCUGACUUUAAAAAAAAAUGUAUAAUGCAUUGCUUAGAUAUGCAUCCCAUUUCAUUUGUAUAACAUUGGUUCAGAGUCUGCUGGUAAGAAUAAUAUAUAUUAAAAAUUAAAUUACCUAGGACUUACCUCCCUCCUUCUAGACAUAUGGUGCAGUAGACUCUCAAAAUUUGAGUUCAUUGAUAUAAAAAAUAACUUUAUAUUAAAAUGAGAAAAUAACUACCCUAAUUAAAAUAAAAGGAAAAAAGGCCCCUGGUAAAGACAGAGACAAAACUCUGAAAAUAAUGUCGAUAAAGAAAAAUAUAAUUUAGGGUUUGACAAAGAUCCAUUUAUGUGCUUUGGCAAGUACAGUAUUUUGUAUAAUGUGUUUUGACACAUUACCCAUUUUUAAAAUAUUUUUGUUUUUGCAUUUGCCCCUUGUUUGUUUUGUGCUGCAGGAAUGUGUCCACAUCUAAAGCCAUGGUAUCUGGUUAUUGGCUGGAAAGCCUGUCCUUUUUUCUUUUUAUUCUUAUUUGAUGUGUAAGGGCCUUCUCUAAAAAAUCUAACUUUAUUAUGGUUAUUUUCUUUUUCAUUUUAAUAGAAUUUAAUAAAAGUUCAAUUUAUAUCAAUAAUCUAAAAUUUUGAGAUUCUAGUGCACCUAUUUCAAUAGCUUCUAUUUUUCAGUUUUCACUAUAUAUGACAAGCUUUUUGCUCCUUAGGGUAGUGGUCUACUCUGUCUACAAACCCAGCUCUAAUUAUUUAUAAAAAAGGCUCUAAUCUCUUUUACUAGACAAAUUAUGUUCAAUACACUGUCAAGCACAGUAAAUAAGUUUGUGCUAUAGGAUUUAAUACAAAUAAUAAAAAAAUGUUUUUUAAAAAA